AUGCGAGGCGCUCAUCUAACGCUUCGGCGGCGUGCCGGGCGCCGUUUCGUCAGGGCCGCCCGCCCGACCCGCGGACGCUUGGGCUGGCGUGCCGCCCUUCUUGCCCGCCGCCUUCGGCUCCGUGGUCAACGCGGUUCCAGUGGCGGACGCCCGCGUGCUCCAGGUCGCCUUCCCCGUGGUGUGGGCGCCCGCGGCGCAGGGCGCGGCCGAGCGCGGCGGCGGCGGGGAGGGCCGCCUGACGCUGGAGGCCUGGCGGCGCUUCCGGCCGUACAAGCACGUCGGCAAGGUGCUCGGGCACGAGGGCCCCGGAAGCCUUUGCGCGCUGCUGCGCCGGCGAGGGUGGGCAGCGGGCCUGGGAGUCGCGGCUGCGGAGGACCGGAGAACGAGACGUUUGCCCUGAUCAAGGUCAGCGUCGAUCUCACGCCCGCAGGCUUCGAGUGUCGCGACGAGGUGCUCCAGCUGCUGUUCGGCUACGUGCGCUUCUUGCGCGAGCUGCCGGAAUGGCCGCGCGAGCUGCUGGAGGAGAGCGUGCUGCUCUCGGAGGCGAAUUGGCGCUCCUCGGAGCAGCCCGAGGCUACCGAUGCCGUCCUGAGUCUGGCGGGCAGCAUGCAGAAGUGCCAGGAGCCCAGAGACUACUUGCUGCGGACGGCGGUGCUGGAGGGCGGACCGGGGCUGCCCCGGGCGGUGGCGUCCUGCGUGCGGGCCCUCACGCCGGGGAACGCGCUGGUCACGGUGGUCUCGAGGGACUUCCGCCGGGCCGCGGUCGAGAGCGAGAAGUGGUACGGCACGCGCUUCCAGACCCAGCCCGCCGCUACCCUGCGCGCGGCGUGGGAGGAGGCGCGGGCUGCGCCCGGGCUGGCGUUGCCCUCGCCGAACCCGUUCGUGCCGCGGAGCCUCGAGCUGAAGGCGGCGCGCCAGGCGCUGGUGCCCAGGGGAGCGCCGCCGCCGCCGCCGGAGGUGCUGCGCAGGGACGGUGCGGCGCUCGCGCGCCGGGACGGCGGCGGCGGCGCUGGCGAGAGAGGUGGGCGCGCCCCGGAGCUGGGGUCCGCUGCUGAGCGGGAGCAUCUUCAACCCCACCUUCAGCGUGCAGGAGAGGUCGCCCGGCUGCGCGCAGAGCAGGCUGUCGUCCAUGCGCCGCUGGCCGGCCACAGAGGGGUCAUCGCCCCGGCGCCCGGCAUCUGGGACGCCGACGCGGUUUCCGAGGGUCAGGCGAGCAGUUCCAACGAGCUCCGGGCCGAGGCCACGGUGUUCGUCCCGUGGUGGGAGCUUUUGCAAGCGGAGGCCCAAGAGUUCGUCCCCAGCUGGGAGCUCGCCUCCCAGGAGACGGGAAGACGGCGAGCACACACGCGACGAGCCGGCAGGGGAGCUGCGACAGGGGUGACCCGGUGA